CUUGCUGCGGACUGUGGGGAGCGCCGGUGCUUGAUCUGCCGCCGCCACCAUGGUGAAGCCACGCUUCAAGGGUCGCGCCAGCCUCAACCCCUCGCGGGCCAGCACCAACCCCGACCGGCCGGCGGAGUCGGGAGGCCGCAACAUGAGGGACCGGGCCACCAUCCGGCGGCUGAACAUGUACCGGCAGAAGGAGCGCAGGAACAAUCGUGGGAAAGUGAUCCGGCCGCUCCAGUUCCAGUCCACAGUGGCACCAGGCACAGUGGCCAGAGUGGAGCCCAACAUCAAGUGGUUUGGAAACACUCGUGUGAUCAAGCAGUCAUCCCUCCAGAAGUUCCAAGAAGAGAUGGAGACUGUGAUGAAGGACCCCUACAGAGUGAUCAUGAAGAAGAGCCGGCUGCCUAUAUCUCUCCUUCAUGACCGAAUUAAGCCUCAUAAUUCCAAGGUUCACAUUCUUGAUACUGAAACCUUUGAAACAACAUUUGGCCCCAAAUCGUUACGGAAGCGGCCAAAUCUCUCAGCGAGUGAUGUGCAGUCGCUGGUGGAAAAUGCUGCUGCUGAGGCUGGCAGCUAUGACAAAGACAAGGACCGGGAUUUAGUGGUGGAGGAUACUGGAGUGAGGGAGGAAGCACAAGAAGAUAUAUACAAGAAGGGGCAGUCUAAGCGAAUCUGGGGAGAGCUUUACAAGGUGAUCGAUUCAUCGGAUGUGGUGGUGCAAGUGCUGGACGCCAGAGACCCAAUGGGGACCCGCUCCCCACAUGUGGAGAGCUACCUGAAAAAAGAGAAGCCAUGGAAACAUCUCAUUUUUGUCUUGAACAAAUGUGACCUUGUGCCUACAUGGGCCACGAGACGCUGGGUGGCCCUUCUCUCCCGGGAGUAUCCCACCUUGGCCUUCCAUGCAAGCCUCACAAACCCCUUUGGAAAAGGAGCCUUCAUCCAACUCCUGAGACAGUUUGGCAAGCUGCAUGUGGACAAGAAACAGAUUAGCGUGGGCUUCAUUGGCUACCCCAAUGUGGGAAAGAGCUCGGUGAUAAAUACACUCCGCUCCAAGAAGGUCUGCAAAGUGGCUCCCAUCGCUGGCGAAACCAAGGUGUGGCAGUACAUCACCUUGAUGCGCCGCAUAUUCCUCAUUGAUUGCCCAGGAGUGGUGUAUCCCUCAGGAGACACGGAAACCGAAAUUGUGUUGAAGGGAGUGGUUCAAGUUGAAAAAAUCAAGACUCCAGAAGAUCAUAUUGCCACAGUGCUGGAGCGAGCCAAGCCAGAGUACAUCAGCAAAACAUACAAAGUGGACUCCUGGCAAAAUGCAGAGGAUUUCCUUGAGAAGCUGUCCAUCAAGACUGGGAAGCUGCUCAAGGGGGGAGAGCCCGAUGUGCGCACAGUGAGCAAGAUGGUGCUGAACGACUGGCAGAGGGGCCGUAUUCCCUUCUUCGUGAAGCCCCCAAAUAUGGAGCAGGGCCCUCAGCCCAGAGAGGAUGCCUCAACCACAAGCCAGUGUAAGGAGUCUGAGGACACCACAGAGUCACUCGAAGAGCAGGCUGUGAAUGAUGACCACCCCAAUACGAUGUGGCCUUUGUCCCACGUGCGGCAGAACUUUGGGCAGAUCCAUGUUGUUCCUCAUUUCUCACAAGAGGACUUGAUCCCUGUGGAUGUGUCAGAUGGCAGUGAAACAGACGAUGACCCAGAGGAGGAUGGUCAGCUUCAUGAGGCAGACGAUGGCCCUUUGAACAAAGCAGACAGUGGGCAGGAUUCCAAAGCAGUACUAAAGGCUCUGGACGAGAAGAUUUCCAAGUAUAAGAGAUUCUUGGAGAAGGCCAAAGCUAAGCGCUUCUCUGCAAUAAGAAUCCCCAAAGGGCUGAGUGAAAAAGUCUUUGCAAAGUCUCAGUCGAAUGCUGCGACUGCUUCAUGUGGUGAUACCAGAGAGAGUCAGAGGAAAGCUGAGAAAAGGAGGGUAGAAGAAGAUGAAGAGGAGGCCGACACUCAUCAGGUUAAGAAGCCUUGCAAGAAACUAAGUUCUAAGGAGCGGAGAGCACAGCAGCGGCAGCAGCAUUCCAAGAAAACUGGUGUCCGUUAUUAUGACACUCACAAUGUCAAAAAUAAAAACCGGAACAAGAAGAAACACAAUGAAGAAGGUCAGAAACCAAAAAUGAAGAGAAAUAAAUACAAGCAUUAGUUUUUUUCCUUUUUGAACAGAGUGAAGUAUCUGUUGGGCUUUGCCAGAACUGUGCUGUGUAAACAGCUGUACCUCACCUGGUCUCUCUGACUUCCCCCCGGCAUGCUAGGCUGAAGGAAUUGGAACUCUUUCUGAGCCUAACCACUGCUGGAGAGUUGGGACAUUCCUAUUGACUCAGUGCCAGAACGAAUCCUUCACUUAUACUAAUCCGGCAGCCAUCUUACAUUUUGCCUAAAUCGUCAGCUUUUUGGCACGGGCCCCAAUUAGGUGCUCCUGAAACCAGCACAAGGCCCCCUACAGAAAACAAAAAGAUAACUUUACUAUGGGGUGGGAGCUUUUGUAAAUCAACCCAGAAUGUGGAAAACAGCAUAGUAAGAAUUGCACACACUGUUGAGGCAUAGGGGCACAGAGGGAUAAAUUGGUUGAGAGGAGUUGGAGUGGGGCGCUUCAAAUCCUCCCCCCAUGAGUAUUUCCAGUUAAGAUUUACUAUAUACUAGGUGGUAACUCCACAGGUGCCCACUUCUGUGCUCCUAUUUUAUAGCGGGAUAGUCUUACGGCCCUAACAGAAAAGCUAGAAUUAUCUAUGAAAUCAGUACUUUCCCCCAAAACUCUUCAAGACAAUGUGUGUCUUAACUCAUCCUGCAGUCAUCUACUAAAACUCACAGAGGGAAAAACAAGUAGAACCAGAAAGCAGCCUGGAGAACUGGAUGCACUUCGUAGCACUGUAGCUAAUUCCUAGCUGCAGCAAAGAGCACCCGCAUAGCAGGACAGGUAGAGAUCUUUGAGGGGAGUAUCUGUGUUCCAAAGGAAGCCUGGAAUAGGCAAUGCCAACUAAGC